AUGUUAGACUUCCAGUCAGCUAUGGAAAACUCAGAAAUCGAAGACGUACCUUCUGCCAAGAGAGUUGCAGAUUCGAUGCCAACUCCUGUCUCGGAGCCAGAUAUCCAAGUGACCACAGAAGCGAUCUCACACAUUUCUUUGUCUGAAGAUUUACCGGAGAGCUCAAACAAUGUCGACGCAACAAUCAAAUAUACUUUAGAUUUAGAUGAUAUUAAAGCGAACGAACGGCUCCUGAUCGGGGAAGAGAGCCCUCUCUUUGACCUUGCCGUAUUCAAUGGCGACUUUAAACUUGACGAAGAGAACCACAAGCCCGAGUCAAGCCCAACGCCCACAAUCUUCGAGGUUAUCGUGGUAGCUCAAGGAUAUGCAGAGCACCUUGAAAACUCAAAGGAAGAAAAUCUCAAAAAAUGUAACGAAACUCAAGAUUCUGAUGCCGACAAUCCUAAAACUGGGACACCGAAUUCUCAACCGGUGGAGCUGCCGGUGACCAAAGCUCAAGGGAAAAAUUUGGUUAAAAUUACUAAGAUUUUUGAAACAAGAAUAGACAUUCAUUCUCAAAGUCUCAUUGAGGUAAUUCGAGAGGUGGUUGAUUAUUAUCCGAGUCAAAACCUCGAUGGUCGAGUUGUAAUCAUCCAAAAGCCUUAUUGGGUAUUAAUUCAUCAUGAGAAAGAGCUUCACGAGAAGCGUACUCAAUUGACAGAACAACUGGAAUGCACUGAAACCGAUAAAGAGAAAGCAGAACACCUCAAAGCUCUUCUUGAUUACAUUAAGCCACAAUCAAUGAAAUUGCUUCAACCAAUCCUACCUUUAUUGAAAAAUAAAGUUCCGACAGUGAGCUUUGAUGGACUUCGAUAUCUUCUCAAGCCAGGAACACUUGCUUAUUACAAGUUCGACAAUGAGUGGAUUGGCUGUAUCAUACUGCGAGUCAAUCCGGAGGCGAAGAGGAAGUCUUCCAAGAUAACUAACUGGAACGUCUCUGUCUGGUAUCUUGAAUGGUCUUAUCACGCUUAUCGGAUCGAAACACCAUUCGAUAUUGAGAGUUUCGAAGGAGAGCGUGAUAUUACCUCCCUAAAAGUAAUACCAAGAGAGUAUUGGGAUGCAAAUGACAAUAACGCUAGACGCAAAAAAUUUGAGGACCGAGGUCUCAAGAAAAUGACUUUGCUCAAGAGUGGACAUAAGCAGAUGGACUACAAGGGGAAGACUGCGGAAGAGGAGGAACGACAGUAUCAUGGCAGAAUUAUCGUCGAUGAUCUUCAGGGGCUUGCAAUGAAAGCUGACACUGUUUCUAAAUGGACGUCUCGACCUAGCGGAUUGACAGAUGAUAAAUGGAUGGGACGUGAGGAUGGUUCUUCUGAUGAUGACGAAGAUGACGAAGAUGGUGAUGCCGAACGUACCCGAACGUCUAAACUUGCGAAAUUGGAGGAAUUCGGAGAAUUGAAAAGCAUUGAACUUGAUAAGCUCUCGAAAGAGCAGCUCUUUUUGAUGUUGCCAUCGAUUCCCUGCUAUGCUUUGGAUAUAAAGUCUUGGUGCACUGGGCAUGUCGAGCGUAUGCAUGAGAUAGAACCCGUUACGGAUCCACCUAAGCCGGUCAUGAAGGAAGGCUUCCACGAAAUCAUCCAGGCACUCUCUGCUAGCCAGCAUACCGGAAAAGCGCAGUGGUAUGCGGACUCUAUCAAAGGCAAAGGCAGAGGAGUCAUCAUUCUUCUUCACGGGCCGCCUGGUGUGGGAAAGACUUACUCUGUCGAAUGCGUUGCGAUUUCGACAGGUAGACCUCUACUUGCCUUGACCAUUGCAGAUAUUGGGACCAAAGAAGAUAUGAUCGAGACGGAGCUUUCUUCAUGGUUUUAUCUUGCAGAGCGAUGGAAAGCCGUCUUGCUCAUCGACGAGGCCGAUAUUUUUCUCGAACGUCGUAAACAUACAGAUCUUGCUCGUAAUGGAAUUGUCUCGGCAUUUCUACGUAAGAUGGAAUAUUUUCAAGGUCUCCUUUUUCUCACGACAAAUAGAGUUGGACAGAUCGAUGAAGCUUUUACCUCGCGUGUUCAUGUUGUGAUUGAAUAUCCACCUCUUGACGAUGAGAGUCGUCGUCAAAUCUGGGACGGUCUUUUUGAAAAAAUGUAUAACGAAACCGAUGGAAAGAUUAAACUGAGUCUGGAUACAAAGAAAUAUGUGAAGCAGGAUGCCGAACGCUUGGGUAUAGGUUUAAACGGAAGAGAAAUCCGUAAUGCACUUCAAACUGCCAUAUCACUUGCAGAUUUUGAAGCCAAAGGGGAACGUGGUUAUAAAGAGAGUGAUCCUAUUAAUGUGGAAAAGGGACACUUUGAAAGAGUUUUCGAACUGAGCAAGUCAUUCCGCAGCUAUCUCAACUCGAUCAAGCGCGAUACUCCGGAAUCAAGAGCUCAGAAUUAUUAUGGCAGAAAUGAUAGUUAUCAGGGGUCAUCGGAUGACAGGGCGCGCUAG